CUCCUGGUUUACAGCCACCACUACACUGGCAGGCGGGCUCAGCCGCGGUCCAUCACAGCCCCCCCACCAAUCCAUGCAGCACUCAUGCAACUUCUCUUCCUCCCGCUCUGGCAUAACACGGCUACGGGUUUACCGCCCGCACUGGGAUGUUGGGACUCGGCCAACAACCUCAUAAUGCAGCGCCUCCGGGCUGCCAUGUUGUUUCCUUACGGCGGCCAUGCGCCUCUUGGAUGGCCUUCUCCCGGAUGCCACGGUUCGCCUGGGGCUGCUCUUCCAGGCCAGUGGCUGCUGCCGGAUACAGGGCUCCAGCUCCCGCGUUGCCUGGAGGAGAUGGACAAGUACAAGUCGGCAGGCGGCCACGUGUCCUACCUCAACAAUCUGGCUGACAAGACGAUUGGCUGCUAUCUGGCAUCGGUUUCCAUUGAGGACACCAUUGAGAUCCUGGUCAUUGGCAAGAUGAAGGGGCUGCACCACCGUGCAAAAUUUACCCUGCCUGAGCCUACCAAGACACUCGCCAUCAAGGACUACCCCUUGACCAUGUUUGAUAAAGUAACCUGGCCUGUUCUGGGCAUCCUGGCUAUCGACAAGGGCAGACAUGCUGUGCCCUGGGCGUGUGAUACCCUGGGCGUCAGUGCAAAGCAGAUAUCAUCAGCCUUGAAGGGGAACAACAUUAAGGGUUAG